AUGAGCGAGGCGUUUGAGAUGCUGUGUUUUGCGGCACUUUCAUCCACCGUCCACGCUGACGCUGUAGGAUGUCUCUUGGAUGACAUUCACUCCGUCGUGUUUCGGAUUGCCGCGGAUGCGGAGCAGCUGGAUGCCCUUGAAGGGCAGCUGGCCGGACUGCUGGAGGAGCAGCGACGCCUGCACGCCGUUCGUGACGUGUUGAGUCGUUCGAGGACUGCGCGAAGUAAGGCGGUACCUGCUCGACCUGACAAGCACCCCACACGGGGUGGAAAGUCAGAAAUGCGAAACGUUGAUGCUUCCCCAGGUAGGGGAUCUGCCUCUUCAAUCGCUGGAAACGUUUUGCGCUUCGCCGCCAAUGCUAAAACUGAAGAGGAUGCUUGCACAAAGACGCCGUCGGCACGGCGAGAUCGUCUGGUGACGGGGGGGACGUCAUUAGACAGCACGCAAGAAGUAAAGGAUACGAACGAGGAGGAAACCAUCGAUGAGCUGGUGGAGCGCGUGAAGUCCGAGAUACGCGUGCUCGAUAGUAUGUCUGUCAAGACGAAGUUGCGUGAGUUAGAGUUCCUUAAGCGUCAGGUAAAAGAUUUGGAUGCGAACGCCGUCAUGAAAGACUACGUAGAACCCUUUAACUUCAAUAAGGAUGUGGAGCGGCUUUGGGAUGCCAAGAGUAAUAUUUUGAACAGUGCAAACAUGGACCUGUUUAUUUCCCAGGCGUGCCAACGCUUUUCAGGACGCUGCACAGACGCGUUGAAUGUCAUUGGUGACUUUUCAACGUACGAAGAGGAUGAUGCCGCGCGGGUACUUGGGUCCUUGCUAUACAUUGAAGCAUUAACCUCCUUGUAUAAUUACGACGCUGCUGCUGUGCGGACUUUGCAGGGCUUGGCCAAAGAUGCACUUUUGAGGUACUACAGGGAGAAGAGACGUGUCGUGACGGUUGAUACCACCGUGAGACGUAGUCGUGUAGAGACGGUUCUGGGCUCAGAAGAGUUUAGUUUUUACCUGAAGAUUGGUGGAGUUCUCAGGUUCUUGAUACUCCUGUGGCCAUUCAGUUGCCACCGGCAAGGCACAUCCUGA